AUGAGAUUGAAGCCCCUCCUCACGCGCUGCGCCUAUAUGGCGACGAUAUCACUGGCGAUGGCUCAGGAGAAGUGCGGUUCCGAACAGCCAGGACCCGAGGCUUACGAAGCAGCUGUAGCUCUCCGCACCGCCCAGCGUGCCGAUGGGCUCUCGUCUUCGUUCUUCAACAAGCGCGCAGAGGGCCUGCUUGUUUCGACAUACCUACAUGUGGUUGAAGACGAAGCUCACAGAGGGUACGUCACCGAUACGAUGAUCAACGAUCAGAUGAGAGUUCUCAAUGAGACCUUCGCCCCUCACAACAUCCAAUUCCUGGUCAAGGACAUCAGCCACACAGUCAACGACGCCUGGACAACGCAAGCCCGUAUCAAAGAGAAAGCCGAGGCCCUCCGCCAGGGCGCUUACGACGACCUCAACAUCUACUUUGAGACAGGCAUGAUGACCAAUCCCAACUCCGCGACAGGGCUCUGCAGCUUCCCCGUCGAGGACCCCUGGGACACGGGCAUCAACGGCACGUCGUGGUUUACCUACGACGGCUGCCAUGUCAGCGUCGGCACUAUGCCCGGCGGACCGGGGGUUCCAUGGGAUCCGGAAGAUAAUCUGGGCAAGACGGCGACGCACGAGGUCGGGCAUUGGUUUGGGCUUUUUCAUGUCUUUGAGGGAUUUGAUUGUGACGGGGAAGGGGAUUUGAUAGAUGAUACGCCGGCGACAAAGGUUGCUACAGUUGGGUGUCCUGUGAGUCAGGAUUCUUGUCCUAGGCAGCCUGGGUCGGAUCCGAUUCAUAAUUAUAUGGAUUAUACGAAGCAUGCUUGUCUUUCGGAGUUUACUCUUUUGCAGGAAGAACGCAUGUAUCGGUCUUUCAACACUUUGCGAAAGGGAAAAUAG